AUGACCGAGGGCGAAACUACCGGCGGCUGGCAAACGAGGAUCGAAGAGAUCAAACGGGAGAAAAGAAAGCGAAAGAGUUCAAUCACAAAAUUAUUAAAUAAUUUGGCGGAAAAGAUUGCAUCGAGACAAGAUGGCGCCAUCGACGAAAUUAAAGUCAUUUUAGGGCGUCUAGAAGAACUGAAAGACGACACAGAGGACCUAAUCGACGAACUCUGCGAACUUUACAAGAAAAACAAGCAGGAUGAGCUUGCAACUAAAGCUGGAGAUGAAGCAGACGAAAUUAUUGAACGUAUCGAGCAUGAGGCCGCUCUUGGCCGUCGUGCAUUGACAUCGUUAGUGACGAAAUCGCCGAGCCAAUCACCUCCACCACAAGGCAGUCCGGAGAUACCAGCCAACGACAAAAAUUUAUCAAGCGGUUUUACUAAUUUAGAAAGAAUAAAGUUACCUACAUUCGGUGGCAACAAAAGCCAGUUUCCACAGUGGAACGCUACAUUCACAAGCUGCGUCGACGACACAUCCAUGACAGCUCAAUAUAAGAUGCUGAGACUAGAAUCAUGUUUAACGGGAGAGGCAUUGGACACGAUUAAAGGACUAGGUUACUCAGAAGAGGCCUACAAAGUAGCAAAGACAAGACUAGUUCGCAAGUACGGUGGAGACAGGAGAGACGUUCAAGGUCAUCUAGAUGAAUUACUAAAGCUAAAGCCUAUCAAGGAGGAUAAACCAAAGGCUCUGGAAAAAUUUGCUGACAUGCUAGAAAGAGCUGUUAUAAAGCUUCAAGAGAACAAUCGCAAAGCAGACCUAGAAGUUGGAACAUUGUACACAAUCAUUCUUGACAAGUUACCAGAAAAGACCAUUAGCCAGUACUACAGAUGGGUUAAAGAACAGGGUAAAACCGAAUCACUGAAUACACUGAAAGACUGGACAGCAGAAGAAGCGGAAAUACAAAUGCAGGCUGCUGAGUUGAAGUAUGGACUCAAGGCUGAAAACACUACCACUUAUAAACCUCCUGAACAAAGGAACAGUCCAAAAUCCUACGGAACAUUGCAAUCAGAACCAAGAGUACAAACAAGUGAUCGACGAAAAUGUAGAUGCUGUGGGGGACAACACGGACUGUGGUCAUGUGAAUCAUUCAAAAGCAAAACUGUGAAAGAUCGUUGGAGCACUGCAAAGAAGCUUGGUGUUUGUUAUAGAUGUUUGUCUGAUGGUCAUCUUGGUACUAAGUGUCCUAGGAGUAGAGUGUGCAACCUGAAUGGAUGUAUGGACAGUCACCACAGACUAUUACAUAUGGACAAAAACAGUGAGACGACAACCCAGGCCGGCCCAACAACGACACAGCCAGGACCAUUUCAAGCCCAAUCGUACAAUGGACCACCCACACAUUUCAACCAUUAUCCUUUCGUUGGUAAUGCUCCUUUGUUAACGCCACCAAGUGCUAGUCCAUUCAACGUAGGAUCCAAUUUCCAACCAUCAAGCGAAAGUCAUUUUGGAGCAAGUAGAAACACGGAGGGGGAUCCUAAUACCCACAUUGCGACAUGUGGCAAAGUAGCACCACGAACAAUCCCUGUUGUCUUGAAACAUGGAAACAAGAGACUGUCAGUAAAUUGUUUUAUUGAUGAAGGAAGUGAUACAACAUAUAUCAACGAGGAUGUUAUACAUGAAUUCGGCAUACAAGGUGAAAAGGAGUGGGUCAACGUCAAUGUUGCUAAUGCGCAACAAGUAAGCUUCCCUUCAAUGACACUCAGUAUCGGUAUAGCCAGUCUAGAUAACCAGGUCAACACCAUUAUCAAAGCAAAGACAUCUGUUAACAUCUGCGGAGGAAUGAAAGCUGUCAACUGGUGUGUUGUAUAG